AUGGCUUCGAUAACAGAAAUACCCUCUAUGCGUGCAUCAGCUUUGACCAUCAUGGCAACACGUGCCCAGGACCAGGACCUCGUUAUGGAUGUCACUAGCCACCAUUGCAACCCGGAUCUCAAAUCACUUUUGCGAGAAAACUCGGAAGCAACGAGUAUCUGUGCUAUUCCCUCCUUUGGCUGGCAUCCAUGGUUUUCCCAUCUACUGUACGACGACUCGGCCGACACUCCGACAUUUCAGCCCACCCCCGGGUCCGAGACUGACAAUGCCGCCAAACAAACACAUUAUAAUGCCGUUCUACAACCAGCGCCCUCACCAGACUUUGUUACUUCUCUCCCUCCCCCUGUCGCAAUAAGCUCAUUCCUCAAUGCAACCGAAUCCCGUCUAUCCACUAACCCUCAUGCUCUUGUUGGCGAGAUCGGCCUUGACAAGGCCUUUCGUCUACCAGAACCUUGGCUGCCAUCGAACCAUAUCGAGAGAGAUCCAACACUCACACCAGGGGGCCGUGAGGGCCGACAGCUCAGCCCUUAUAGGGUGAAAAUAGAGCACCAGAUUGAUGUUCUUGCCGCACAGCUUCGUCUUGCUGCAAAAGCUGGCAGAGCUGUUAGUGUGCAUGGCGUACAAGCCCACGGCAUCUUGCAUGAGACGCUUGCGGCAACAUGGAAGGGCCAUGAGCGGGAGGUUAUAACACGACGCAAGCGGCGUCUUGUGGCAUCGGGUGCUGAAGACUUCUCAGACGAAGACGACGACGGUAGUGAGAAGCCGUACCCUCCUCGAAUAUGCCUACAUUCAUUCAGCGCUAGUGUUGAAGUAUUGAGGCAGUAUCUGAACCGAACGAUUCCAGCUCGUAUAUUUGUCUCGUUGUCAACAGCUGUCAACUUGAGCACUGAUGCUACCCGGAAUAAGACUGACGAUGUACUACGGGCCCUGCCUGACGACAGCAUCCUAGUGGAGAGUGAUCUUCACAUUGCCGGCGAACAAAUGGACAGUGCAUUGGAAGACAUGUACCGGCAUGUUUGUGAGGUCAAGGGCUGGAACCUUGAUGAAGGCGUCAAAAAGAUUGCGAAGAAUUACGAAGAGUUCAUAUUCGGGUGA